GAUUAAAAUCCAACAUCGAAAUUUUUCUCUUUAAUGAAGUUUAGAACUAUCUUGGAUCCUUCAAAAAACACUCUAUCCGAAAUUAAUUAGUUAUAGAAAUUUUAACAAAAUGACAACGAAAAAGAGCUCAUCGGAAAAUCUCGAAAGUGACAGAUCUGAAGAAAGACCUCUAAGCAAAUGUAUCAGUUGUCUUAAUACAGAUAAAAGUAUUGGAGACAACAUUACUGCAGUGCUAAUUAGUGACUUUAAUUUGAGUGAUUCUUCCGAAGCCAAAAGUUCAGACUCUGUUCCUACUCUUAAUGUAUUGAAUACUAAUCAAAACUUUGCUGAAUUCGAUAAUACCAAUACUGUAAAUGAAAGUUUUAAAAUUAGUAUGACUCCUCAAACAUGCAAUUCCACUAAAUUAUCUGAAGAAGAUAAGACAGUAAAAAUCUGCGGUCUAGAUGAUAAUAAUGAUCUUGAUCGUGUUAUGGGCAAAAGUCAAUAUCAACCGGAAUUUAGUUCUGCUUGUGCUGGUGAAGAGAUUCUUAAUUCUAUCAAUGCUGAAUGCUCUUUACGUGAAGGGGAAAUUAAUCCUACAAUUUGUGGACAUAUUUCGAAUUAUUUCCGUAAGAAAAGAUCUUUAUUUAAACUAGUCGCUUAUUUAGAUGGUGUUUAUCGCAGACGUUUGUCUGAUGUUAAUACUUUGUCAGAAAACAAUGUGGAACUAGAAAUUAAUAUGUACAAGAGUUGGAUCUCGUCGUUAGAAAAAUUGACGGACGCUAUAUUCCGGAACUUAAAGCAAUUUCGCUUAGAUUUGGUUCAUCAAUUGGCACACGAAUUAUUACGUGUGGAAGGGAAGAAACAAGAACAGGAAAUAAUACGAAAAUGUAUACGGGAUACUGCUAAACUCAAUAAAAUCUAUGCAGAAGUACAAACUACAGGUCAAUGGCGUGUCGAUUUUGAUUUUGAGACUUCUGAUAAGAACGAUCUUUUGGAUCCUACUAAAGAAUGUAAAUUUGAGAAUUUAUUCUAAAUUAUAUCAAAUUUACUGAUACCGACUUAUUAGUCAUUAACAAAUUUUGCUUUAUAUAUAUUUA